GGCCCGCCCCGGUCGCUCUCCCCGUCCCUCCGUGUCGCUGAGGGCCCGCGGGUCGCGGCGGCAGCGGCAGGACAAGGAGAAGGAAGAGCAGGAGGAGGAGGAAGGGGUCGCACCGCCAUCAUGCAGCGCCGGGUGUUCGUGGUGGGCGUCGGGAUGACCAAGUUUUCAAAGCCUAAUGAGAAGAGCGCUGAUUAUCCUGAAAUGGCUAAGGAAGCAGGCCAGGCAGCUUUAGCUGAUGCUGGGAUUCCUUACUCAGCAGUGAAGCAGGCGUGUGUGGGUUAUGUUUAUGGUGACUCCACCUGUGGACAGAGGGCCAUCUACCACGGGUUGGGUCUGACUGGCAUUCCCAUCGUUAAUGUCAACAACAACUGUGCCACUGGAUCCACAGCUCUGUUCAUGGCCAGACAAUUAGUAGAAGGAGGUUUGGCAGACUGUGUUCUGGCACUUGGCUUUGAGAGGAUGGCAAAAGGAUCUCUUUCUACAGGUUUUUCAGACAGAACUAAUCCAAUGGACAAACAUUUGGAGAUUAUGAUAAAUAAAUACGGCUUAGCAAGUGCUCCAGUGGCACCUCAGUUGUUUGCGAGCGCUGGCAAAGAACAUAUGGAGAAAUAUGGAACAAAUCCAGAGUACUUUGCGAAAAUUGCAUGGAAGAAUCACAGCCAUUCAACGAACAACCCGUAUUCCCAGUUCCAGAAGGAGUACACACUGGAUGAAGUUCUGCAAUCCCGCAAAGUUUUUGAUUACUUGACUGUCCUGCAGUGUUGUCCAACAUCAAAUGGUGCCGCAGCUGCAAUUUUGGCUAAUGAGGAGUUUGUGAAAAGGCAUAAGUUGCAGCCAAAAGCUGUGGAAAUUCUAGCCCAGGUGAUGGCUACUGAUUACCCAAGCACAUUUGAAGAAAACAGUUGUAUGAAGAUGGUUGGCUAUGACAUGACUAAAAAAGCAGCACAGAAAUGUUUUGAACAAGCAGGCCUAAAGCCCACAGAUGUUGAUGUGAUUGAACUUCAUGAUUGCUUCUCAGUUAACGAGUUCCUUACCUACGAAGCUCUGGGACUUUGUCCAGAAGGAAGAGCAUGUGACCUGAUCGACAGAGGAGACAAUACCUACGGAGGAAAAUGGGUGAUUAAUCCCAGUGGUGGCUUGAUCUCAAAGGGACACCCUCUUGGUGCCACAGGGCUGGCGCAGGUCGCGGAGCUCUGCUGGCAGCUGCGCGGCCUGGCGGGGCGGCGGCAGGUGCCGGGGGCGAAGGUCGCGCUGCAGCACAACCUGGGGCUCGGCGGGGCCGUCGUGGUGACUCUGCUGGGCAUGGGCUUCCCGCGGGGACACAGCAGCGGCCGCGUCACAGCUGUGCCGCUCAGCGCAGCUGUGGACGGAUUUAAGUCACAUCUGGUCUUCAAAGAGAUUGAAAAGAAGCUCCAAGAGGAAGGAGAGCAGUUUGUCAAGAAAAUUGGUGGAAUCUUUGCCUUCAAAAUAAAAGAUGGCCCUGGUGGGAAAGAAGCAACUUGGGUUGUAGAUGUGAAAAAUGGCAAAGGCUCUGUGGCAGUUAAUUCAGAUAAGAAGGCGGAUUGUACAAUCACGAUGGCUGACACGGAUCUGUUGGCACUCAUGACUGGCAAAAUGAAUCCUCAGACAGCAUUCUUUCAAGGCAAAUUGAAGAUUUCUGGGAACAUGGGCAUGGCAAUGAAACUUCAGAAUCUACAGCUUCAGCCAGGCAAAGCUAAACUUUGAGCUCAGUAGAGUAAAUAGUCAGUAUUUGAUGUUCUUGACAAAAAAAGUAGAAUGAGACUAGACAUUAUCAAUAAUAUGGAGCAGGCUGGGUUUGAUUGGACCUCUCUCACCUCAAUUCUGUGGUUAGAGACCGUUAAUUCUCUUCAUGAAUUCCAUCAGUUUCUCUAUGGCUAAGCUUGAGGCACUAACUCUUACAAAUGAUAUAUGGUGGGCUUUUGUGACAGGUUUUGUUCUAAUCAAUAUGGAAAAUCUUAUAAAACUUAGAGUGGAAUGAGGCUGCUUUCUCUUGUUCAGGUUAGUUGGGAAGGAAGUGAGGAAAGUUAUAAAUAGUUUGGCAUGUCAGUUGAGUGAGCUGCAUUUUUUAAAAGCUGUAAUAGCAGGUCAUACAAAUGCUUUCAGACUUCCACUCUAACAAAUUUGCUGCUGCUUUCAUUAAAAUGGUCUUGUAAAGGGGAUCUCUAACAACAUUUUUUUAGAAUAAGUUUUAGGAAUUUGCUAUAAAAUACUUUUCUUAUUACUACUUUGGGAUUACAAAAUAAAUAAAAUAUCCAGAAGUACGCAGGAACUGGAAUGUUGAAAACAGAUUAGGUUUGCCAGGAGAGCAGAGAGGGAGUACAACCAAUAUGUUACCUGUUUUCUCCUGACAGAAUCUGGUGUUGAUCAUGACAAAAUUCUUGUCAGUAAUUUCUUUAAGUUCUGUUUUGGGCGAAUGUUUUCUGGUUGGAAGUUUAAUAGAAAAUUAAAUAUACUUUUCCUGUUC